AUAGCAAAGCUGUAAGUGAGAGACAAAAAUGUAAUAUUCAAGGCAGAAUGACAAAUGAUACUCCAUUUUAGAACCACCUAGACAUGGUAUCAGGAAACUGAUUUUAAAGCUUAUGAUACAGUCACUUGAUCCCUGGAAAUUUUCUCCUAGUUCUCAACCUGAAAGUUUAUCAAAUGAAAACCAAGCUCUAGUUGUCAUAUUUUGGGAACUCUGUCUCUGGAUACUAACGUUUUACUUGGGACUUAACUAAGCUCAUCCUAGAAUCCCCUUACCAAAAUUGUUCAAGCAUCACUGCACAGGAAAAAUAUGUGAAAAUUCAGUUUUCUCACAAGAACCCUGAACGAUGAUCCAAGCAAGUGGCUAGCCAUAAUGGUGAUCUUGCUGAAACUGUGCAUUUUGCUUUAGAAGGCUGUAGUGCAGGAUGAAGACAAGCUCUGUAGGAAUACACCAUUUAUCAAGGGGCCCAUGAACAGAAUUUUGUGAGAAAUGGAAGCAAGAAACUAACCUGGCGCAGAUCCAUUCAGGUGUUAGAAAACAGCCCCAUGCCUGGAGGUUACGGAGUGAUGGGUGACGAUGGCUCUAUGGAUUACAGUGUUCAUGAGGCCUGGAAUGAAGCCACCAAUGUUUACUUGGUAGUGAUCCUUGUUAGCUUUGUUCUCUUCAUGUAUGCCAAGAGGAACAAAAGGAAAAUUAUGAGGAUAUUCAGCGUGCCACCUACAGCAGAAACUUUAUCAGAGCCCAGCUUUUAUGACACAAUAAGCAAAAUUCGUUUAAGACAGCAACUGGAAAUGUAUUCCAUUUCAAGGAAGUAUGACUAUCAGCAGCCACAAAACCAAGCUGACAGUGUGCAACUCUCAUUGGAAUGAAAUGACAGAAAAUGAACAACAUAAGUAAUUGUUCAACAGUCUGGUAGCAAGCUCCUAAAUGUACUAAAUCAUGAACAGCAUUUUUUUUUAACCCUAUCUCCAUAAAAUCAUUUUACUUGUGACUUUC